CGUCCCCCCCUUUUCAACAUUGAGUUCAUUGUGUUGUUCAAUGUCGUCUUCUCUUACAUUUCAGUUACAAAACCAACAACGAGACAGUAAAGGAAAACCAACCAUUCCUUCCGUGAGUCUUCCAUCCCCGCCCAGCUCAUCUUGUGGUGAUGACGGGCUUUUGAACAAUAGCAGUGGGCCACCGCACGGUACGGGAACAAUGCUUUCGGCGGCCAGCAGUGUAAAGGACGAAGCAUUUGUUAAUCUGAGAAGAGACUCGUUGCCUACGCAUUUUAGCGCAUUGACCCUUCAGGCUUUCUCCACUUCGCUGCCUGAAAAUUAUACCAUUGAUCAUUCGUCGCCUAUUCCUAUCCAAUCACUCCGACGGCCCUCGUCGCAUUCCCCACGCCCAGAAUCACCAUUGCAUGGAUCGCCGUUAUCAUCCGCUACUGCAGCGGCAGCAGCAACGGGCGGUCGAACCAUUCGUCAUCGUCGUCCGUCCGAGCAAACCACCUUAGCCACCCGCAAGAGUCGCGUGAUCUCCGAGUCACCUAGCAAAAUGAUCCAUCGUUGCGAGGAUUGUGGAAAAAUGUAUAAACACCCCAGUUGUCUGGCCAAACAUCGAUGGGAACACUCGGAUGAAUGGGAGCUCACUAGCAAGCUGCUACUGACCAAGCAUCAGCAGGUUCAAAUGUUGGAAGCCGCAGCCAUCCUCGUUAGUAUGGAUGGGUCUCGAAAAUCGCCUCAUCCAGUGCCUCCACGGCGCCAGCCACCCCAUGAAUUAGACGAUCCUGAUAUAUUAUUGCCGAGUGAUGAAGAAGAUGAGGAAGAGGAAGAAGACGAGGAUGAUGAAGAACAUCAGUAUCAGAGUCCCAGUCAUGAUACCGUGGAUAAAGACGACAAUGAUGAUGACGAAAUUCAAAUAGAUAUGGAUCAGGAUGAUCUGGAACAUACAUAUUCUCCUUUUCCUUUGCUUUCAUCCAAAUCCUCCACAUUACCAGCUACCUUUACUCCCCAUAAUUGAAAAAUUCCUUUCCUUUUACCAUUUAAUAGUUUAUAUUCUUCCCUUUUUUUUCUCUAUUGCCUUGCCUUGUCUAUUUUCAUACUUUGUUCACACCAAAUCUUUUCUCUCCAUCUCUCUCUAUCGCUCUUAUCUUUUUCUUUUUUUUUGGAUCCAACUAUUACUAUUGUUAUAUUUUGCCCUUGG